AGUGCCAGGUUAGAGCUCAGACAAGGCUCUGUCCAGCCAGCUCAACUUUUAACCACCACAACUCUUCAGAGGGAUGUAUUUCCUAUAAGUUGACAAAACUGAGGCAUUAACCCAAGUUCUAUAACUUUCAGAUCUCUCAUUUGCUAUAUUUGGUUACGUUUAAGCAGUUUUGAAAAAGUUCUCUUCACUGAGGAUAAGUUAGUGCGCGACAGUUUUAAAGAAGACAGGCGCGAAACAUCCACGUUUGGAUUAUAGUCUCUGUUUCUCGUCCUUCAGUUGAGAAAACCCGACUCGUGAUGGUUGUCCUGUCACUUAGGUUACUCAUAGUAGGAGUUGUAGUAAGUCUGACUUCAGCUCAUCUGGCUGGUGAAAUUAUAGAUAAAGAAGAUUUGUUGAAGAACCGUCUGAAAGAGUAUGGCCUCAUUACUCCCAUCAGUACGGACGCAGAGGGACACUUCCUCUCGCAUUUUCUAUCAGCCAAUCACAAGCAACGUGUGAAGCGGGAUGUUUUGGAGGGGUCAGCGCCAGCACCUGACAGAUUGUUCUUUAACAUCACUGUCUUUGGCAAGGAAUUCCACCUCAGACUGCAUCCCAAUCAGAGAUUAGUGGCUCCAGGAGCCAUGGUGGAAUGGCACGAUGAUAUCGAAAUAGCUGGAAAUGCGACUGAUAACAGAACCCACUUUGAACGAAUACUUAAAAGAGAGUUGCUAAAAACAGACUGCACUUUUAUCGGGGACAUCACGGAUGUGCCUGGAGCUUCUGUCGCCAUUAACAACUGCGAUGGGCUGGCUGGAAUGAUCCGUACUGAUUCUGAUGAGUACUUCAUUGAGCCUCUGGAGCAAGGGACACAGGAACACGAGGAGAGAGGAAGAGUACAUGUAGUGUAUCGAAGGUCUGCGGUAUUGCAAACUCCUUCAGACAUCUCUUUGGAUUACCAGCCAAUCGAGCCUGAAUUGGACACGCCAAGAAUGCUGGACAAUAUUGCUAAACAAGUCAACAAGACAGUGAGGAGACGGAGACAUGCUGGUGAUGAGGACUACAACAUUGAGAUUUUGCUCGGAGUUGAUGAUUCUGUCGUCCGAUUCCAUGGGAAGGAGCAUGUGCAGAACUAUCUGCUCACCCUCAUGAAUAUUGUGAAUGAGAUUUACCACGAUGAAUCUUUGGAAGUGCACAUCAACGUUGUGCUUGUGAGGAUGAUCAUGCUUGGAUAUGCUAAGUCCAUCAGUCUGAUUGAGCGUGGCAACCCUUCCCGAAGCCUGGAGAAUGUGUGCCGAUGGGCGUUCGUCCAGCAGAAAGAGGAUCCAGAGCACUCUGAGCAUCACGACCAUGCCAUCUUUCUCACCCGCCAAGGCUUCGGCCCCACCGGCAUGCAAGGAUAUGCCCCUGUCACCGGGAUGUGCCACCCUGUCCGCAGCUGCACCCUCAAUCAUGAAGACGGCUUCUCUUCUGCUUUUGUUGUAGCCCAUGAGACAGGACAUGUACUGGGAAUGGAGCAUGACGGCCAGGGCAACCGCUGUGGUGACGAAACAGCCAUGGGAAGUGUGAUGGCCCCUCUGGUGCAAGCAGCUUUCCACCGCUACCAUUGGUCCAUGUGCAGUGGGCAAGAGCUGAAGAGAUACAUUCAUUCAUAUGACUGCCUGCUGGAUGACCCUUUCAAACAUGACUGGCCGCAGCUCCCUGAACUCCCCGGCAUCAAUUACUCCAUGGAUGAGCAGUGCCGUUUCGAUUUUGGAGUUGGAUACAAAAUCUGUACUUCAUUCCGCACAUUUGAUCCAUGCAAGCAGCUGUGGUGCAGUCAUCCAGAUAACCCCUACUUCUGCAAGACCAAGAAGGGGCCUCCGUUGGAUGGGACCGAAUGUGCACCUGGCAAGUGGUGCUAUAAAGGUCACUGUAUGUGGAAGAAUGCCAACCAAGUGAAGCAAGAUGGAGCCUGGGGUGCCUGGAGCAAGUAUGGCUCCUGUUCUCGCUCCUGUGGGAUGGGUGUUCGCUUCAGAACCCGCCAGUGCAACAACCCUGUUCCAUCUAAUGGAGGCCAGGACUGUCCAGGGGUGAACUAUGAGUACCAGCUCUGUAACACAGAUGAUUGUCCCAAACACUUUGAAGACUUCAGAGCCCAGCAGUGUCAACUUCGCAACUCCCACUUUGAAUAUCAGAACGCUAAACACCAUUGGCUUCCCUAUGAACACCCAGAUGCUAACAAAAGGUGCCACCUUUAUUGCCAGUCAAAAGAGACAGGUGAUGUGGCAUACAUGAAGCAGCUGGUACAUGAUGGGACAAGGUGCUCAUACAAAGACCCGUACAGCAUUUGUGUGCGUGGGGAGUGUGUGAAAGUGGGCUGUGACAGGGAAAUUGGCUCCAAUAAGGUGGAAGAUAAGUGUGGUGUGUGUGGGGGUGACAACUCUCACUGCCGAACUGUGAAAGGAACCUUCACCCGAGUGCCCAAAAAAGCUGGGAAAACAAGAGGAGCCUUCCUGUUGCCGAAAGGAGCUCGGAAUGUGUAUCUGAAUGAAACGGCUGAUUCUAGAAAUGUGAUGGGUUACCUAAAGAUGUUUCUCAUUCCUCCUGGGGCUAGACAUGUGAUCAUACAAGAGCAUGAGGCUUCUCCUCAAAUUCUUGCUAUCAAGAACCAGGCAACAGGGCAUUAUGUCCUCAAUGGAAAAGGAGAAGAUGCGAGAUCUCGGCGCUUCAUUGAAAUGGGAGUGGAGUGGGAUUAUCUCGUCGAGGAGGAUGUCGAGACGCUCCACACUGAUGGGCCACUGAACGAUGCUAUUGUUGUUCUGAUUAUACCAAAAGACAACGAGACAAGGUCAACGCUUAUGUACAAGUACAUCAUCCAUGAAGAUUCAGUGCCCCUAAACAACAAUAACGUCAUUCAAGAGGACACGUAUGAAUGGGCGCUGAAGAGCUGGUCCCAAUGUUCGAGACCUUGUGCUGGAGGCUUCCAAUACACCAAAUAUGGGUGCCGUAAAAAAGGUGACAACAAAAUGGUGCAUAGAGGUUAUUGUGAUGUCAACAAGAAGCCCAAGCCUAUUCGCAGGAUGUGUAACUUACAGGACUGUACACAACCACAGUGGAUCACCGAAGAGUGGGAACAUUGUACUAAAACAUGUGGAAGCUUGGGAUAUCAAAUCCGUACUGUGCGCUGUGUCCAGUUUCUUCAUGAGGGCACAAACCGCUCCAUUCACAGCAAGUACUGCAAUGGGGAAAAGCCUGAGAUGAGGAGGGCAUGUAACAGAGUGGCCUGCCCAGCCCAGUGGAGGACCGGGGCCUGGUCAGAGUGUUCAGUGUCCUGUGGAGAAGGUGUGUCACGACGCCUGGUCACUUGUCGCAUUGGAGAUCAAUGUACUGGUGAGAAGCCCGAGUCGCAAAAGCCUUGCAGGCCAAGACCCUGCCAUGAUGAGCCGUGCGGAGGAGACAAGUCCAUAUUCUGUCAGAUGGAGGUUCUGGCACGUUAUUGCUCGAUUCCAGGCUACAACAAGCUCUGCUGUGAAUCCUGCAGUAGGAGAAGUGGCACUUUUGCUCCUCUUCUGCACGAAGCUGCGGAAACAGAGGAGGAACUUCGCUUCGGUUCAGCCUCCCAACUUCUGGAGACGCUUUCAGCUGCUGCUAAUGGAUCUCUGAAAGUCCCGCAGCAGCACCAGCGGGGAUCCACGUCGCAAGGCCAAUUUUCCAAGCAGGCCGCCACUCCCCCGCCUCGCAAACACAAUACAGAGAACAGCAAGACUCAAAAGCGCCUCAAACCCAGCACUAGAAAUCUUCCUGCAUUGUCAAUCCAUAGCUCGUGGAGCGAGGACGGCGUUAAAGAUGCACCGAUGCAGCUGGAAAGUUUCCAAGAGAGUCAGUGGCCGACAACAUCUUCUGAGGUGGAGAGAUGAAGGAAAGUUUGUCUCCUUUUUCCCCUCUUUGGACUCUCUCUUUCUUUUAUUUGUCUGUUGUAGAUAUAGACCUUUAACAAUUAUCUUUCCCUUCAGAUCAUCUUCAAGAUAUUUAAAAGCAGGAGAGAGUAAAGUGCUGGUUCACUUUGAAACGUUCUCUUUUUUCCCCCAGUAGCAGCAGUUGUCUUUAAAACACACUUGUCAGUCACACGUAGUUGUGAUGGGGAAUGUGCCAAAGGAGUUUUCGCGAUGAGAUCCUCUAAGCAGUCUGGUCUAUGGGGGUUUGGUGUUGUGUACAAGCUCUGGUUGUAUCAACUUCUUGAUCGUAAAAGUUUUAUUUUUACCAACUCUAGACAUGCUUGACCAAUUGAUAUUUAUGAACGUUCCUGUAAAUACUGUAUAUGAAAAAAAAGUCAGUAUUAUUAUAAUUUUUUUCAAAAAUACAAGCUGAGGAUAUUUUAAAAAGAAGAGAUUCAGGAGCAUUAUUGGUGCUUUUUUAUAUAUUACAAGCGAUUUAAGAAUUUGAUAAGAAAUGAAACACUGAAGAACAGUGUGAGCCCAGGAAAAUAAAAAGCAUUAUGUGAAAUAGCAUUACAAUAGCCUUAGAAUUUUUACUUUUAUUUUUGAAAACAUUUAAUAAAAGCAGCUUCUCUGCUAGCCAUCAGUCAAUUCUCAAUCCACAUGGACUGUGAUUUAUUUUAUUUGUUUACUGUCUUCUUCCUGAAGAAUUUAUUUUCCCCAACUUGUUUUACCAUGAUGUUAGGGCUUUUCUUUAAUGCUUGGCUUUUUGGUUCUAUGAAUUUAUCUUUGGAGAAGAUGAGUUAAGAGUUCAGUCAUGAUAUAGAUGGCCCAUCACAUAUACAGCUGAGGAAAGACGAUUAAGAAUCUACUUGAAAACAGUCUAAGGAUUUAACAGUUAUGUUUGAGAGAAGGUGGCGGCAUAAUGGCUCGGUGGUUAGCACUGCCACCUCACAAAAAGAAGGUCACUGGUUUGAGUCCCAACUUUCUGUGUGGAGUUUGCCUGUUCUCCUGGGUGCUCUGGUUUUCCCCCAGACUCCAAUGACAUGCACUAUUGGUGCAUUGGGUAAAACAAAAUUGACCUUGGUGUAUGACUGUGUGUGUGUGUGAAUAUGAGAGUGUAUAAGUGUUUCCCAGUACUGGGUUGCAGCUGGAAUGGCAUCUACUGUGUAAAACAUAUGCUGGAAUAGUUGGCAGUUCAUUCUGCUGUGGCAACCCAUGAUAAAUAAGGGACUAAGUUGAAGGAAAAUUAAUGAAUGUUUGAGGAAAAAAUACACAAUUGUUGAAAAAUAUUUAUGACAUUUCUUCUAAAUUUCAAACGAGAAUUAUAAAUGUACACUCACUGGCCACUUUAUUAGGUACACCUUAUUCAUACCAGGUUGGACCCCAAGUGUCACCUGGUGACACUUCAGUUGUAACGAGUGGGUAUUUGAGGUAUUGUUGCCGCCUUUAUAUCAGCUGGAACUAGUCUGGCCAUUUUCCUCUGAUCUCUGGCAUCAACAAGGAAUUUGCACCCACAGAACUGCCGAUCACUGGCUAUAUUUCCUUUUUUUUUGUUCACCAUUCUCC